AUGCACAUGUGGUUACUUGGGCUUGACUGGGAUACCUUGCCACCAUGGCAUUGCAUGCGUGUUGUUUAA